AUGGUCACGUUGGAAUUGCUACUGUUGUCGGCACAACUUGCCGUAAAUGUUGUCGCCCUUUUGAAUACACUGGGCCGGAAAAGAAGGAGUUGGACAGCAGAGACCGCUGUAUGGGCAUAUCUCCUGGUUGUUGCUGGGGCACGUCUGAUCUCGUCAACAACAAAGUGGCGGUGUCCUCUCAAAGGUCUCUGGAAUCACAGUUCAACGCUAUACAUGGUCCAAUGGCUUUGCCAAGUUUGGGCAUUCCGUUCUGUUCUUGUCCACCGUCCUGGACGACCUAUUCAGAUCCUGACAAUAGUGUCGUUUGCGAUCACGUGUACGCUUGUCGUACUUGCUCUCACAGCUCGAAAGGGAAACAAGGGUGUUUUGUUGGAGUACGAAGGAGACAUUGAACCGUCGCGAGAACCCCUUGCCAGCGUCCUGUCUCUGGCAACCUUUACGUGGGUCGACCCCAUCGUAUGGAAAGGAUUCAAGAAGACGUUGGAGCUUGCUGAUGUGUGGAAUCUGGCUUUGGAGGAUAAGGCAGAGAUUGUCCUAGCCCAGUUCCGACAGGUUCGAAAAACUCACUCGCUGGCUGUCCGGCUACUCCUGCACUUCAAGACCCAAGUCUUGAUACAAGGUGCGUGGUGUAUGCUGGCCAGUGUCUUCAUGUUUCUUCCAACACUCCUUUUGAAGGCCGUUCUGGAGUAUCUCGAAAACACAGACACAGUCCCGGUUAGCGCUGCAUGGCUGUAUGUCAUACUUCUUUUUGCUACUGGAGCUGUGCAAGCAAUUGGUGAUGGGCAGGGUCUGUGGAUUGGUCGAAAAAUCUGCAUUCAGUUGCGGGCUAUUAUCAUUGGCGAAAUAUACUCUAAGACUUUGAGACGAAAAGCGGCGGCAACCACUGAUACAAACCUUGGAGAAGAAGCCACUCGAAAGGAAGGAAGUUUCUGGGCAAAGAUCGGCUCACUAUGCCUGGGAAGAGGCCAGAAACAGCAGAAAGAUGCCUCUAACACCAGUUCCAAUAAGGCCACCGGAUCUUACGCGAGCAACGGCACCAUCAUCAACUUAAUGUCCAUUGAUUCCUUCAAAGUCGCUGAAAUCUGCGCCUAUCUCCAUUUCCUCUGGGCUGCAGUACCAGUGCAGUUGGUUAUGGCUGUGGCCCUGCUGUACAACGUCCUUGGGUUCAGCUCUUUCGUCGGAAUAUUCGUGAUGAUACUCAUUUUGCCACUCAACCUCUACAUUGCACAUUCGUUUCAAGCAGCACAGAAAAGAAUCAUGACAGCCACUGAUGGCAGAAUCCACGUCACGAAUGAAGUUCUCCAAAACAUCAGAAUCAUCAAAUACUUCGCCUGGGAGCGGCGCUUCCAGAACAAUGUGAACGAGAAAAGACAGAUCGAGCUAUCUGCUCUAUGGCGCAAAUACGUUCUGUGGGCAUCUGCAGCUACGAUCUGGAGUGGUGUCCCAAUCGUGAUCACUUUUGUUUCUUUUCUCAUGUACACGCGAGUCGAGCAGCGACCGCUGGUGCCAUCGAUUGCGUUCCCAGCUCUAUCGAUGUUUUCUCUGCUGCGGAUUCCGUUGGACCAGCUUGCCGAUAUGGUGGCUCACAUUCAAGAGUCAAAGGUAUCGGUCGAUCGAGUGGAGCAGUUUCUAGAGGAAGCAGAAACGGAGAAAUAUCUGCAAUUGCGCCAGAGCAGACGAAGAAGUCUCCCAACAACCCGCAUUGCGCUUGAAAAUGCCACCUUAUCUUGGGGAACAACCAACGAGGAUGCAACUGAGGCAUUCAGACUUAUCAACAUGAAUGUCGAGUUUUCUAUUGGUCAGCUGAAUGUCAUCGCUGGACCGACAGGAUCUGGCAAGUCUUCUCUUUUGAUGGCUCUACUGGGGGAAAUGCAGCUGCUUAGCGGUGCUGUUUACAUCCCGGGCGGAUCAGUACGACAAGAUCUGCGCCCUGAUCCUGUGACGGGGCUGACUGAGAGUGUGGCAUAUUGCGCACAGCAGGCAUGGCUGGUCAAUGCGACAAUCAAAGAGAAUAUUCUCUUUGCCAGUCCUUACGACGAAGAUCGCUACCAUGAAGUCAUUUCAAUUUGUGCUCUAGAACGUGAUCUAGAGAUACUUGAUGCUGGUGACCAGACUCUGGUUGGCGAAAAGGGAAUCACUUUGUCAGGAGGUCAAAAGCAGAGAAUAUCGCUUGCGCGAGCGAUUUAUUCGAAUUCGAAGCAUAUACUUCUUGAUGACUGUCUUAGUGCCGUCGACGCUCAUACCGCCAAGCACAUCUUCGAAGAGGCUCUGACCGGAGACCUGAUGGCUCACCGAACUUGCAUCCUGGUCUCGCACAAUGUGGCGCUGACUGUUCCACUCGCCAGCUGGGUGGUCGUCCUGGACAAUGGUAAGAUCAUGUCUCAGGGGACGCCGCAAGAAAUUAUCGAAAGCGGCACGCUUGGGGAUGAGUUGUUCAAGUCACGUCCUGUUUCAAGAACCAACUCGAGACCACCCACUCCCCCUCCGUCCAACCUCGAAGAGGAGCGAUCACAUUUAUCCGGAAGAAACACAAAUGGUACAGCGACCCCGGGUGGGAAGGCCAGCAACAGAGACAGAUCGAAGACAAACAAGCCCGAGAAACAAUUUAUCGAUCAUCGGCUUGAAGCAAAAGCCACAGGAAGCGUGAAAUGGUCAACAAUCCAAAUGUACCUUAAGGCUAUGGGCCCAUGGUAUUACUGGAUUUUCGCUGCGUGGGGAUUUAUAGCCACACAACUGGGUUCGGUCGCGACAAACCUGUGGAUCAGACAGUGGGCCAAUGCCUACCACGUCCGCGGUGUGCACACGACACACGCAGCAGUCAAUGCUUUCCAGGACGUGAAAUCGGUGGGAGGAACUUCGAAUUUUGGAGGCUCGUAUGUUCAAAUGCCGCAAACAGCACCGUCCCACCCCGUAUCCUGGGUUGUUAAGUCAUUAUAUGAUGUCGACGAUGGCUACUACCUUGGGAUUUAUGCCCUAAUUGGGGCUCUGUAUGUGUUUAUUUGCUUUUCCCGCGAAAUCAUAUUGUUCUGGGGUUCUCGCCGCGCUUCUUGGUGUCUGCAUGAGAGAUUGUUGACAAGCAUUCUUCGCGCCAAAUUUCGCUUUUUCGAUUCAACGCCGCUGGGCCAACUAACCAAUCGAUUCUCUAAAGACAUUCAAGCUCUUGACCAGGAAGUUGCUCCUGUAGCCAUUGGCAUGCUGCACAGCGCUGCCGCCGUCCUUACGAUUGUUGUGCUGAUCUCGGUUAUCACUCCCGGCUUCUUAAUCCCUGGUGUUUUCAUCACCGUCAUGUACGUUCUAACCGGUCUCCUCUACAUCCGCUCAUCGCGCGACUUGAAACGGAUCGAAGCAGUCCAGCGAAGCCCUCUGUUCCAACAUUUUGGGGAGACGUUGAGUGGAGUAGUCACGAUUCGAGCCUAUGGGGAUGAGUCGAGAUUCAUCGAGGACAGCCAAUUGAAGGUUAACACACACAACCGCCCAUUCAUCUACUUGUGGGCCACUAACCGAUGGCUCGCGUUUCGGAUCGACCUAGCUGGGGCACUCGUCUCUUUCUUUUCCGCCAUGUUUGUGGUCACUAAUGCUGGCCGCAUUGACCCCGGCGCUGCAGGGUUGGCUCUAUCCUAUGCCAUCACCUUCACCCAGAAUGUUCUGUGGUUGGUGCGGCUGUAUGCUGCCAAUGAGCAGAACAUGAACGCCGUCGAACGAAUACAAGAAUACAUCAACGUCGAGCAAGAAGCGCCUGCGAAUAUCCCGGAAACCAAACCUGCCGCAAAUUGGCCCAGUCACGGAGUUGUCGAGUUCAUUGGGUACAGCACGAGAUACCGCCCAGAUCUGGAACCUGUGCUGAAAAAGGUGACCUUCAAGAUUGAAGCAGGGCACAAAGUCGGGAUCGUUGGAAGGACUGGCGCAGGCAAGAGCUCACUCGCUCUGGCACUAUUUAGAGGCCUGGAGGCCGAGGAAGGCAAGAUCUUGAUUGAUGAUGUUGAUAUCGGACUCAUCGGGCUCCAAGACUUGCGCGAGGCCAUCACGAUCGUCCCCCAGGAUCCCACGCUCUUUUCCGGCACGCUGAGGAGCAAUCUGGAUCCAUUUGAACUCUUCACCGAUGAAGAGAUCUUCACCGCACUUAGAAGAGUCCAACUUAUCUCAGGGGCACACAGUGACUCUGAGCGAUCGGGGAACACGACACCGCUUGAGGCCUCGAGCCGAUCACCCACAGUUCGGGAGGGUUCAAGUCCGUCCCAAAGUCAUGUCUCGUUGUCCGGGAAAGGAACGGUGAAGUCCGACUCCACCCUCGUCCAGAUUGCCAGCAACAGCAAGGAAAAUAAAAACAUCUUCCGGGACUUGUCGUCCCCAGUGGCUGAAUCGGGCUCGAACCUGUCGCAGGGUCAACGACAGCUUCUGUGUCUGGCUAGAGCAUUAUUGAAAUCGCCAAAAGUGCUGGUAAUGGACGAAGCCACGGCAUCGAUCGACUAUGCGACCGACUCGAAGAUCCAAGACACUCUGCGAGAGCUCCACAACAACACCAUUUUGACCAUCGCUCACCGACUGCAGACCAUCAUUGACUACGAUCGAGUGUUGGUGCUCGACCGAGGCGAAGUGGUCGAGUAUGCUGAUCCCUGGGAGCUGAUACGCAAAGAAGAUGGUCAAUUCCGAGCCAUGUGUCAGACAAGCGGCGACUUCGAAUCAUUGUAUGAGUUGGCAAAGAAAGCGUGGCAGGAAAGGCGACUGAUUGAUGAUUCUUGA